AGCCGAGCCGAGCCGAGCCGAGCCGAGCCGAGCCGAGGGCACGCAGAACCACCAUGCCAAACUGGGGAGGUGGCAACAAAUGUGGUGCCUGUGGCCGCACUGUCUACCAUGCUGAGGAGGUGCAGUGCGACGGGAGGAGCUUCCACCGGUGCUGCUUCCUCUGCAUGGUCUGCCGGAAAAACUUGGACAGCACAACUGUAGCAAUUCAUGAUGCUGAAGUUUACUGCAAAUCUUGCUAUGGGAAAAAGUAUGGCCCAAAAGGUUACGGAUAUGGCCAAGGGGCAGGCACGCUGAACAUGGACCGGGGAGAGAGACUAGGCAUCAAGCCUGAGAGCACGCCUUCUCCUCACCGGCCCACCACAAAUCCAAACCCUUCCAAGUUUGCUCAGAAGUUUGGAGGGACAGAGAAAUGCUCCAGGUGUGGUGAUUCUGUUUAUGCAGCAGAGAAAGUAAUAGGAGCUGGAAAGCCAUGGCACAAGAACUGCUUCCGAUGUGCCAAGUGUGGAAAAAGCCUAGAAUCUACAACCCUAACUGAAAAAGAGGGAGAAAUCUAUUGUAAAGGUUGUUACGCGAAGAACUUUGGCCCCAAGGGAUUUGGGUACGGCCAGGGAGCAGGUGCCCUUGUUCACGCCCAGUGAGGGGGCUAAAAAUGCCCUUCAGCUCUGCUGAGAUCCUGCUAGAAGGAACAAGGGAGUUUCUUAAAUGUUACUAACUACUGUGAAACAGAUACUAGUUACUGUAGUGUACCUUCAGCCCAUGAUUUGAAAAACAAACACACACACUGCUUUUUUCCUUGCUUUGUGUAUCACACUGUAACACUUUUAAUACUUAGUAACAAUUCAAUAAAGCUUUGCUUGUUGAUAUACCCUAAA